AUGGCGUCGGCGUUAGCGCCGGCCUCUUUGUCCCUGGCUCGCCCGGCGGUCCGCCGGGCCGUGGCCUCGGCCGGCCCCGGCGCGACGCUACGCCGAGCGGGCCUCGCCGCCGCGUGCCCGCCGGAGCGGUCUCUGGGCUCCGUUUCCCUGGGCGCUGGCGCCGACCCGCGGCUGGCGGUCCACGUUGCUUCGCGCCGCCGCUCUGCGCCGUCGGCCGGGCGCGGGACGCGCGCCGCGGCGACGAUGGCCAAGAAGAAGAGCGUGGGCGAUCUCGCCGCAGCGGACCUCGAGGGGAAACGCGUCCUCGUGCGUGCCGACCUCAACGUGCCCCUCGACGACAGCCAGAACAUCACCGACGACACCCGCGUCCGUGCCGCCAUCCCAACCAUCAAGCACCUCAUUAACAACGGCGCCAGGGUCAUCCUCGUCAGUCAUCUGUCUGUGCAGAAAGACCCCUGGAGAACUUCAAAUUGCCGCGCGAAGUCCCUGGUCGCGAAUCCAGAGCAGAGGAUGUCGGAGAAAACCUCAUUUCCGGCCGAUGGACACUUGAUGGCAGCGAGGGAAAGCGUUGGGGAGCAUCCUGAGGCUCGUGCGCUCGCGCUGGUGUGUGUGGCUUGGCCGGAGAAGGUUUAUGGCCUCCUGGCCACGUGCGCAGGCUCCCAUGACGGCCAUGGCGGAGCUCUAUGACGGAAAACCGGCUCACGGCCGAGUCCGACGAGGGAAGAGAGUAUUAGCUGGCUUAGACGAUGCUCAAGGAUGCUGCGGAGCAGAGGAAAACAACAACGGGGCUGAGGUGGGAGGAGCGAGAUGAAUUCCAUCGGCGUGGCGUUUUCGGUCGCAGAAAUGAAGAAACUCGACGUCGGUCGCGGGGCGCUCAAGAGGACGAGGCGAAGGGGUCGCGGACGUCCACGUCGCGCGGUGACGCGGCCGGCAAGCAGCUGCGUGGCGACAGGACGCGCGCGCGGCUCUGCCCGCUCUGCGGCCGGCGGGACAGAGGAGCCCCUGAUCCUCAUCGGGUCACUGUAGGGAGCUUUAUCCAACUAGUUUUGUGGUUUUGCAAAAUUCGCCCAAAUUUUAAACUGAAGACAAAAUUCCACCAAAAUGGAAGUUGUGCAGAAUUUUACAAGCUACAAAACUCCUUUUGGUGACCAAAGCUAAAUCUGAGUGGAAAAGUGUGAAUUUGGCAAAACAGUUUGAAUUUCAAAAUCCCAAUUUGGGGAAAAAUUCCAAUUUAAAUUGGGGCAGAAAGAAAUUUCAAAAUUACUUUUGAUUUUUCUCAACAACUUGAAAAACUCCCAAAAUAAAAGUUGUUCAUUUUGAUGAGCCCUACAACUUUCAUUUUGAUCACUUUUCAAAAUUCCAAAUAGGUUUUGAAUUAGGGAUUAAAAUUGGAAAAAGGGACAAUUUCUGGAAAUCUGUAUUUUCAAAAUUACUUUGAAUUUUGUACUGAAACUUCAAAAACUCAAAACAGCAAAGUUGUACACCUUGACAAGAUCUACAACUUUUCUUUUGAACUCAUCCCCAAAUUUUGCUUAGUUUUUAAGUUACACAAAAGGGGGUAAAAACUAUGUUUGAAAUUAGGGUUUUUUCCUUAGCUAUUUCCUUACCACCCUCCUUAACUAGGGAUUAAACAACCAUCAUGAGCAUCACUUCACCAGAUAAACACACUUUAAUUCCCUAAGCACAAUCAACCAAAAUAAACUUAUUUUAAGUUGAUGCAUAAUAAUGUGCUUAACAAAUAUGCUUUGCAAUGCUUAUGAUGACAUGAUCCAUUUUUAGUGUUCGUAACAUCAGGGAUGUUACAUUUUUAGACGAAAACGGAAGCGGAAGCCGGACAACCGGAAGCGAAAACGGUAGCGGGAUAAACGUAAUACGAAAACGGGUAAAUACGAUCGAAAAAUAGACGGAAACGAGCGGUAAGCGAAAAUUUAAACCGGAACAUGUAAGCCGCAUAUGAUAGCGCAAAUACACCAAAAUGCAAUACCAAAUAUCAAAUAUGCACUGAUCAGUGACUAGCAACCACAUUAAUACAAUACCACAUAUCCAUAGUCCAUAGAUCAUAAUUCACACAAAUAUAAAUUAUCCAUACAUCGCAUAAGAACAUAUUCAUAGUCCAUAGAUCACAAUUCACACAAACAAAUAUGAAUUAUCCAUACAUCGCAUAAGACAAGAGACAUUUUGGGCCAUAUUGGGCUUAGGGACUAUUUAGGCUACUUUUCCGUUUUUAUGAAAAACGGGAUAGAAAACGGGAUAUCCCGGUAAAAAACGGGAUUCCGCAAAUACGGACGGACAAACGCUCUACCGUUUUCGAUCCCGCCCCCGUUUUAAUCCGUCCCGUUUUCGGUCCCGUUUCCGUUUAUCCCGUAAAUAACGAAAACGAACGGAAAAAUACAGUAUACGGUUGCGGACGAAACGGGAUUUAUCCCGUCUGUUUUCAACUUUAACUACUUCUCUCAUAGCAAAACA